AUGGAUUCUUCUUCCAACCCUUCUACAUUCCGAUUCCGAGAGAUGGAAAACUCAGCGCAUUCCGACACUGGCUCCGACUUUUCAUCCCUGUCCAGCCACUGUGCUGACGAUUCCGAUAUACAGUCCAUGGCUGGAAAGGGAAUUAAGCAUCUUUGUUCGGAGCUACUUGAGCUAAAGGAGGAAUCCGUUGAAGAUUUUCAAAGAAACGUCUUUUCCAAUUACUCAGCCUUUGUUAGAAUAUUUGAAGAAGUACGAGAUGUUGAGAAGGAACUGGUGAAACUGAAAAACCAUAUUUCAACGCAAAAAGGGCUUGUGAAGGAACUUGUAGAUGGUAUAUAUCUAGAGGUUUUAUCAGAGGAGACCAUAGAAUCAAUUAUAGAAGAACAUGUUAACACUGAUCCACCUGAGCCAAGUGAGUUAGAGUCUCACAUUAAUGAUGUUUCAGAAACCCUGGAUCUUCUUCUAUCAGAAAACAGGAUAGAUGAAGCUCUGGCCAUUGUAGAAUUGGAGGAUGAAAAUUUUCAGAGGAUGCAGUUUGAAGGAAAUGCUCCAUCAGACAUGUUAACGUUAUAUAAUUCUUCACUUUGCGAGGGGAAGGCGAUGCUUACACUGCAGUUAACACACGUGGCUGAAAACCCACGAACUACUGCACCAGAACUUCAAAAGGCGAUCUUUGGAAUUUGCAGACUUGGUGAUAGUCUUCUUGCAACUCACUUAUUACUUGAACACUAUCAUUUACGUAUUGCAAGUGGAAUACAUAAUUUGCAGUGUUCAAACUCAUAUUUACAUGGGACGUACAUUAGGGACCUUGCAAAAAUAUUAUUUUCUAUGAUUUCUCAAGCAGCAAGGAGCUUCACAAUGUUAUUUGGAGGAGCUUCUCCCCGUGCUUCAGAACUUAUUCGGUGGGCAUGUGAAGAAACCAAAGUGUUUGUUGUUUGUUUUAAUAAGUAUGUUAAGUCCAUGUCAGAAAUAAGCGGUGGAUUGCCCAAGGUUGUAGAAUCUGUGCAAUUUUCAAUGUCAUUUUGCUCUUUGUUAGAAACUCAGUCAUUAGUGUUGCGGCCUUACUUAAUCAAGCAUAUUCGUCCUGGCAUGGAAGUGGUUUUACAGAUUCAUAUAGACCACUAUAAAAAAGUUGUAUCUAUCUUUACAGCAACUGAAUCUUGGGUUUUGGGUAGAUAUCUUGUAUCAGGUGUAGUAAAUGAAACUUGCUCUUCUAUCAUGGUUGGGAAACAACUGGAAUAUUACCUGCUCACUAGCAGCGGCCGGAAGUUUGUGACACUGUUACAGGCUAUCACAGAGGAUAUCUCACCUCUAGUCACCCUUCAAAUGGAUGGUCUGAUCCUCAGAGGCCUCGUGGACCUCUUUCUGGAGUAUACAAUCAUCCUCGAAAAAGCCAUCACCUGUGAUGAACUUGUCACAGAAAAGGGUGGUUCAAGAAUCAAUUUGGCAGAGACACUUGCACAAAAGGUUUCUGUUCUGGUGAACUUAUCAACGUUAGAAAAAUUCUUCUCUAACAUCAUCAGAAGUACAUUUGGGAGCACAAGUCACAUCAACUCUGAGCUAAUGAGAAAUGAUUUAGUAAGCGAUCAACAGAAGGAGCUUGAUAGUUGUAUAUUGUUUAUUCAAGAGGCUUCUUGUCAGGUUAGAGCUCAUUUCUGCCAGCAAUUUAUACAUGGAAUGAUGUCCAUGGGAACUGGCUCCAAAUGUUAUCUGGAAACUUGCAUUGAUGGACGAAAAGAUCUCAUGCCCUCCAUUGCUUUUCAGGUAUUAUUCUUAGAACUGAGGAAAAUGGAAAAACUUGUGGAAGAUUGUGUUUUUGAAGUAGAUUGGUUGAUGGAACUUUUGAGGGAACUGAUAGAGGCCAUAUUUGUUUGGAUAUCCAACAACAAAGAGAUCUAUGCAAUUUCUGAAGAAGAUUUGACUGUCCAACAUUCUGAUAAUUUCAAGAAGUUUGCAUUGGAUAUUCAAUUUCUUGUGGAAAUCUCAAGAUAUGGGGGGUACUUCUCCAAGAACAGCUCGGUUCUUGUAACUUAUAUGAAAUCGGCCUUUCUUUCAGCUGGACUCAAUCCUGAAAGAGAUGGCAUGGAUGAUGGAUGGGCUAUAAAUGCUGUUAAUGAAGCAAUAACAAAACUACUGAUGAUCGAAAAAAGAAAUAUGCUUUCAAAUGAUGAUUCUGUUGGUGUUGUUGAGGAGGAGGAACUGCAUGAAAAUCAAUCUGAGCAUGUGAGUGACUCUGAGGAUGAUGCUAGGAGUUACACAAAUGAUUCCAUGAAGUCAUGUGAUGAUGUAGAAGGUAAUACUGCACUGGAAGCCAAUCUAAAUGAAGAAACAAUGAUAGUGAAUACAGAGUCAAACCCUCCUCGAGAAGAAGACAAUGGUUCUUCUUAUAGAACUGCUAUGAACACAAAGGAUAGUUCUGUGGAAAUAGAAGAUGUUUCCUCCAAAAAAGCAGCUAAUAAUACAGACUCUGUGGAUAUCAAUAACAAAGAAUCUGGUGGGGAAACUGAAGGCUCUUAACUUACAAAACAAGGAUAUUGGGUCGAUAAUUGACAGCAGCUGAAGUUUCUUGUUUCACUUGGAAGGGGCAAGUCAGAUGAUUUGAUGUCAAUGAGGUAGUUAAAGAAGAUCUUGGAUUUUAAAAUUAAAGCCUUUUGAGAUGUUUUGAAUUAUUAAGAGGUAGCACAGCUAGUUACUGGAUUUUCUUGCCUUCAUUAAUACACGAGAUUGCUGAAAUGCAGAAUAACAGUUGCUUUUACUGUUUCGUUUUUCUUUUUUAAA